ACGUUUCUUUGGUUAGAGGUUCGGAUCAACACAAACGUCUAGUGGCCGACUUAUUUAAAAAUUACUCGAAAGUUCUACGACCCGUCAAGCAAUUCAGCACCUCAAUUGACCUGGAGAUGAUGCUGCUCCUCUCACAGGUCAUUCAUCUCGACGAAAGGAUGCAGACCCUGAAAGUAAAUGUCUGGAUGACUUUUAAUUGGAAAGAUGAGUUCAUGAUGUGGGACCCUGCAGUGUAUGGCAACAUUACAGACUUGAAGAUCGCAUCGGAACUAGUAUGGAUGCCUGAUGUAGUCCUUUACAACAACGCCGCCAACGAGUACAAGGAUUUCAUGAAAGAUGAGAUCGUGGUGAUCACCAACGAGGGCCAAGUCAACUGGGCAGCUCCUAAGAUCAUCUCCAGCUACUGUUCCAUCAACGUCAAUACCUUCCCGUUCGACGAGCAGCAAUGCCCUAUGAAAUUCGGUCCCUGGCAACAUGAAGGGAAGGAACUGAGGAUUUGGGGCGGAGGUAGUGGAGAUGCAUCUGUCUUCAACAGCGACGGGCAGUGGGAUAUUCUAGCGAUGACCGCUAAAAGCAACGAGGUCGAGUACCCGGAUGCACCUGGCAAAACCUAUACUGAUGUGACAUACGUAAUCAAAUUCAAGCGAAGACCUCUGUAUUACGUGUUCAAUCUGAUUCUACCUUGUACAUUUGUGUCGAUGGUGGCGCUACUCAGCUUCUUUUUACCUCCCGAAUCGGGUGAAAAGAUCAGUCUUGGUAUUACAGUGCUUCUAUCGCUCACUGUCUUCCUCCUCUUGGUCGCAGAAACAAUGCCCCCAACAAGUGCUGUUCCUGUUGUGGGACAAUACUUCAUGAGUACCAUGGUUCUUAUCUCUGGUUCAUUAGCAAUGUCCGUCAUGGUUCUCAACAUGCAUCAUUGUCGCCCCGACUGUCGACCAGUCCCUCGCUGGGUUCGUAUCGUGGUCAUCGAUUGCCUGGGACGUCUACUCGCUCCCACUGCGGUCAAGAACUCUAAGACGGACCGACGUCGUCUCAGCGUCCGCACCGAGUCGCUCCAAAAACACUGCCACAAUUGGGAACUGGAAGACCUAAUGGCGUGCACGGACCCGCUCGCGCUGAACGCCAAGCGUGACCUGAACGGCGUGGCGAUGAACCCGGGCGGCAAUGCCGUAUCGAGUAAAGAUGGAACGGUGCAUUUGGUCGAGUGCGGGCGCCGUUCAGACUCUUUCACACGGGACGCCAUUCCCAUACUGCGUAGCAUGCUAACGGAACUGCGCAAACUGACAGCCAAUAAUCGCUCGGAGAGAGAGGAGAAGCUACGACAGAACGAAUGGCAGCGGGUAGCGUUGGUCAUGGACAGGGUAUUCUUGUUGAUCUUUCUUAGCGGUACUUUUGCAGCAUCAGCAUUCAUGUUCAGCAAGGCAUAAUGAUUCUCCUUAAGACUUGAUAUGGGGAGACAGUUCCCGAACUGAUGAUUAUGAUAGUCUAGUAUAAUUUGGCAAGGUAACUGGAUUCUUCCUCGAUAUGGCCUCAUUUUUGGGUCGGCUACCUAUGCACCUUCUGACGUUUAAUUGACUAAAACGAGAUCGAUCAACUCGAUAAGGUGAACUAACUACACAACCACAAGCCUCUAUAAUUAUUUUCUUUUCUUCAUCGAGCCAUUAACGGUAUCAUACUUGCUCUGAGAACGAAAUAGUAUUACUAAGUUUUUUUUUUCUUUCCAGUAGCAUCUUUUGGGUUAAAGCGGUGUUUUGGAUUUCUCUAUUAAUUUUAGACCGUUUCUAAGUAGUUUUUUCUAUUCUCGAAUUAGUUUUGAUUUUUUUCAUUGAGUAACGGGAAAUCGUGUGAAGUUAUACAUGCAUUAUUAUUUUCUUAUCACUUAAAACCGUAGUUUAUUGAGACAUAGGAAAGUCAAUGCCGAAUCAAUUAAAGCUACUCACGAGUAAGUAAGAUCUUCCCGUAAACGUCAUCACCUUGUAAUUAUAAUAUAACGAACAUGUGAAGGGAACACAAUUGUCUUACAAACUGCCAUUGAUGGCAAUGCAAAAAAAUAGCUAUUAAAUAUUCCCCGUGAUUGAUUGAUUGAUUGAUUGAAUUCCAUUUCAUAUAUCAAUUGUUUGCACAAU